CCCACUGGGUGUGCCAUGGCUAAGCCCAUUCCGUUCCGGCGCAUUAAUGCGCUUGCGCGGUUUCUUCUAUUUUUUUUCCUCCCCUCCCCCGCCACCACGACCUUUCCCCACGUGAAGGGAGCUCGGCGACAGCAUCCGGGUUCUUGUCGGAUCAGCGGCUGGGAGAACCGGGAUCGCGGGCGCCUGGCAGAAACCGCUGGAACUUUCCAGACCGAGAGCGAGGAGAUGCCCCGAGCCCGAGGCAAAGCCGGCGGUGGGCGGCAGGUGCAGGAGGACGAGGAGGAGCAGUGGGUGGACGGAGAGGAACUGGCGACGCCCCCACCGUCAGCAUCGAGCCAGGACGUCCUUAAAAAAGGGAAGAAAGAUAAGAAGGCCAAGAAAUCGUUCUUUGAGGAGCUGGCAGCUGAUGAUAAGCAAGUUAAAGCAGAAGAAGCAAUCAUCAUAGAACAGCAGCAACAGAAGAAAAAACGUGAUAAGAAAAAAGAACGGAACAAAAAGAAGAAGGAUGAGGAUGUUGACAAUGUGAUUGAGAAUCUGAGUAAGCUGUCAGUGCCAGCUAGUGAUGAGGAGGAAGAGGAAGAAAUAAAGCCAGGACGAGGUAAUAAGAAGACGGGAAACAAAAAGAUGGGCGGGAAUGUCUUUGCAGCUCUAAGUCUGGAGCAGAGUGAAGGUGAAGAUGACGAUGAAGAUGAUGAAACAGAGACGCAGCCACCCAAAAUGAACAAAAAUCAGAAAAAUAAGACUGCAUUGAAUGAGAAUCUUGGUAACCAGAAACAAAGCAAAAUGAAAAAGAAAGACCGUUCUGAGGGGAAACAGCAGCCUAUACCUGAGGAAGGUAACAAGAAGCAAGGUAAAAAAGGCAAAAAGGACGAAAGAGGAAAAGCAAGUGAGCAAAAGGUAGAAUCUGAAGAUGAAGGAGAAGAAAAGUCAAGCACGAAAAGUAAAAAAGUGGAGAAAUCAAAAGCAAAGCAAAAGGCAUUCUCUGACAAUGAUGAGAUAGAGGAGGAGCAGGAUAAGCGGCCCACUAAAGGAAAAAAUGCAAAAGCUAAAGGAAAGCACAAGCCUGUAAAUGCCUUUGCUGCCCUAGAAUUGGAGGAGGAGCUGGAGGAAGAAGAAGAGCUGGAGGUUGAGAACGAGAAGGACGUAUCCCAGGCAAAGGGAUCCAAAGGCAAUUCAAAAGUCAAGGUUGAAGCUAGUGAAGACGAAAUGGAAAUGGAUGAAAAGGCUGCGAAGGAGAAGACAACUGAUGACAAGUACGCUAAUAUGAGCAAAAAAGAGAAGAAGAAACUGAAGAAACAGAUUGAAUUUCAACGUCAAGUAGAUGUACUGAAAUCUUCAAAUGAUGCUGAGGGUGAUUUCUCUGUGUCACAAGCUGAAAAAUCAUCAAGACAAGCCAUGUUGGAGAAUGCAUCAGAUAUCAAGCUGGAGAGGUUCAGCAUCUCGGCUCAUGGGAAAGAGCUCUUCAUCAAUGCUGACCUGUUCAUUGUGGCUGGUAGGAGAUAUGGUUUAGUUGGACCCAAUGGCAAGGGUAAGACAACAUUGCUAAAGCACAUCCAAAAUCGAGUGCUCAAUAUACCUCCUAAUAUUGAUGUGUUGCUCUGUGAACAAGAGGUAAGGGCCGAUGACACAGCAGCAGUCAACGCAGUUCUGAAAGCCGAUAUGAAGCGGCUAAAACUGUUGGAAGAAGAACGGCAGCUCCAGGCUCUCUUAGAGAAGGGAGAUGAUCAAGCUGGUGAAAGACUGCAAAAGGUAUACGACGAACUGCGAGCUACAGGUGCUGCUGCAGCAGAAGCUAAAGCCCGUCGUAUCCUGGCUGGUCUGGGCUUCACUCCUGAGAUGCAAAAUCGACCUACUAAGAAAUUCUCUGGAGGAUGGCGAAUGAGAGUGUCACUGGCUAGAGCCCUGUUUAUGGAACCCACAUUACUGAUGUUGGACGAGCCCACAAACCAUCUGGACCUUAAUGCAGUCAUUUGGCUUAACAAUUACCUUCAAACCUGGAAGAAAACUCUGCUAAUUGUGUCCCAUGACCAGGGCUUCCUGGAUGAUGUCUGUUCAGAUAUCAUUCACCUGGAUGCACAAAAGCUCUUUUACUACAGAGGGAACUACAAUACCUUUAAGAAGAUGUACCAACAGAAACAAAAGGAACUGCUGAAACUCUAUGAGAAACAGGAAAAGAGACUUAAAGAUCUAAAGGCGGGAGGCAAGUCAACUAAGCAAGCGGAGAAACAAACAAAGGAGGCCCUGACACGCAAACAGCAGAAAUGUCGGAAAAAGAACCAGGAUGAGGAGUCAAACGAGGCUCCGGAACUUCUGAAAAAGCCUCGAGAAUACACUGUAAAGUUUACAUUCCCAAACCCUCCCCCGCUGAGCCCUCCAAUUCUUGGCCUGCAUGCUGUUGAUUUUGCUUAUGAAAACCAGAAGCCAAUUUUCAAAAACCUGGACUUUGGUAUUGACAUGGAUUCCAGAAUCUGUAUUGUUGGACCCAAUGGAGUUGGAAAAAGUACUUUGCUGCUCCUGCUCACUGGAAAGCUGACCCCUACUGCUGGUGAACAGAGAAAGAACCACAGAUUGAAAAUAGGUUACUUCAACCAACAGUAUGCGGACCAACUCAACAUGGAGGAGACAGCAACAGAGUAUCUCAUGAGAAACUUCAACCUGCCAUACCAGGAUGGGAGGAAAUGUCUUGGGCGCUUUGGCUUGGAGAGCCACGCCCACACCAUCCAAAUCAGCAAACUCUCAGGUGGUCAAAAAGCAAGAGUAGUGUUUGCAGAAUUAGCUUGCCGACAGCCUGACGUACUAAUUCUGGAUGAACCCACAAACAACCUGGACAUUGAGUCCAUUGAUGCUUUGGCUGAUGCAAUUAAUGUCUACAAAGGAGCUGUAAUUAUUGUGAGCCACGAUGCCCGGCUGAUCACUGAGACUAACUGCCAGCUCUGGGUAGUGGAGGAACAGACAAUAAACCAGAUUGACGGCAACUUUGACGAUUACAAGCGUGAGGUGCUGGAAGCACUUGGAGAGACCAUCAACUGCAGGCAGAAGGAUUGAAACCCCACGACUGCGGGUUCAAGUCUUUCUAGCCAUCAGAACAAUGUUGAGAAUGAAUAGCAGCACUCAACAAAAUAAAAUUGCAACAGGAAGGGGAGCCUAGCCUAUUCAGAAGCCUCACAUUGGUAGAGGCAGAAAUUGUCUACGUCUUUCUGCAGGCUUCUACCUGAUGUUGUCCUUAACAGUAUUGGGGGAGAUAUGCCAAACAAAGAACUAUUUUCAUUUGAUGAUCUACAGAUGUUCACUUCUCUUUAGAGUGGCAUUGUGCCCUCUGAAUAAUAAGAUUAUAAAAUACUGCAAAUAUUAAAAUAACCCUGGUCAUGGACAGUUCAGUCAGCAUUUCAAAGAAAUGCAGCAUAUGUAAUAGUUUUGGUAGGCCCUUCAGGACUGAAUUCUGAAUUUCAAGUACUUGCCUCAGCUGUCCAGUUGCUGAUAGUUCUGCUGUGCCUUUUGAGCAAUAUCUAUUAUUUUACUGCAUUAAGUCGGGGGAUUUCAUUUCAGAGGUGGGUCCCUCACGGCUCGUGCUUGGUUCUUUUUCCAUAGAAGUGUAGCAGUAAACAGUCCAACUGGGAAGCUGCUCCUUGACAGUUCAGUCUGACCUUUUCAGUUCCCUUUUGCAUGAGGGUGAUUUAGCAGGGCACCAUGAAAAAUGCAAGGCUUGGCUUCUGUUAUGCUAAUGGCCACUUCUGUGGUAAAGUUGACCUUCUUCAUGGGCUGCAGGACAUGCUUGAAAUGAAUUAACCAGAAGCUAAGUUCCAACCAAUCCACAGAAGUGACAGUAACAGUAAGCUGUUGGUGAGCUGCUGUGUAAUAUCAGAGCAGAAUAGAUUAUGGAUGUAAUUUAAUUCCAAUCUAUGAAAGUGCUUUCAUGAUGGAAUUGUAUUAUAAUGGAGCAUGUGAAUAGCAGGUAUGUGACAUCGCUCUUUGAUGGCAUCAUCUCAACCUAUAUUUAAUCCACAUUUUCCAAAAGGAAGAUCAGUACUGUGAGUUAAGUCUAGUUACUAUUUAUCAUUCAUUUGGAAAUGGAAUGCAAGGAACUAAGGCUGCCAUCCAUCCAGAGGAAUACGAGUCACAUUUAAUUAUUUGUCUUAAGGGCUAUGCAGCUAAGUGCAGAUAGCAAAACUGGAAGCAUCUUGGACUUAAAUAUAGAAAAUAUGUUGUCUUGCCCUUUUCAUCUGUUUGUUGCAUUAUAGCAGCUCAGGCAUACUGGUUUCUCAGAUUUCGGCAUGUUUAAAAGAGACUUUAAAGGGUUUCCGAUUCACUGAAAUUCAGUACUACAGUAGCCAAGUAGCUUCAGAGUCUGCAGUAUUUUGUCAAAGAUUGCUCAUGUGCAAAUUUGAAUUACUGUAUUUGUGUAAAGGCACACUGGAGCAGACAUCAACACUGCUGAAAUUGGUCCUAGAAACACUUGACAAGGUAUUAAGUUGCAUUAUUCAAGCAUUCAAUUCACUUUGUACCUUCCCUGAAUCACUUCUAUAAUUGGGGUGGCAGGGGAGAAGUGCAGCAGAUGGUAUAUGAAUUGGAAAGAAGUGGUCUGGGAUGUCCCAGCACCCAUCACCUAUCUUUUUACGAACUCUGUUUAUCAUUGAUGGAAUAUCACUUGCAUCUGCAGCUCCCAAAUGUCAAGUUAUGUCCUGCUGUAUUACACAAUUAUGUGGUAUGAGCUCAAUCUCUUAAGUGACUUGGCUAAAUGUUGGGCAGCAGUUUCACCUUUGGUCAUAUUUAGGAUUGCACAGUGGGCUUGGUUUUUUUAUUAAAUCAAAGAAUACUUUGCAUUUGCACUAAUCUUGUGCCAAGUGUAAAUAACUGUUUAGUGCACUUGCUUUGUAGAACUGACCACUUUUUAAUUGAGAACAAAUACCACAAAAAAUCUAGACAGCAUACAAAUAAAAUUAUUUUACACUAAAGAAACAUACCUGACACAUUCUGCAUCGAUUUUUAGUACUGAAUAAUUAUCGGUACAGGAGAUUCAACAAAUGGGUGGUAAAAUGAUUAGGGCACUACCAGUUAAAUAGGUUUUGUUUACUGACUGGUUAUUUGUUGUGAUGCCUGGUUCAGCUUGAGCCCUCUUACUUAACCCUUUCCAGGUGUUCAGCAUCCUCUUCAGACAUUCCUAUUGAGGAAAGCUGACUGUAAAGCAGCAUUUCCACCAGUAAGAGGCAGGCUUUGUAUGGGUAGUUGGCUUGAAUCUCCUGUGUACCCUAACUUUACUGAGGUUUUGGGUGGUUUAUUCAGACUCCUUUUGUAAAUUUGAAACUUUCUUGAAUGUUAUUUCCUGGCUUUAGCCUAUCCAAAUUUAAUGUUGUAACUAAACAGAAAAGCAGCUACUUGGCAUAAAUAUACUAAAUUCUCACACUUUAUACAAAUGGAGCAAUAUUCACACUUCUCUAGAUUUUCUUUUUUAUUUUGGUGUGCUUGGCUUAAACUCUGACAGUGUAUUUCAUCCAAAGUGACAAGUGUAGGAUUUGUCUUUGUUCUACCCCCCACGUGCACUGAGAUAAAUGUGAACACAUUCCAGUUUACUGAGAGCAUUGAUAGGCUGGUUGAAGGAGAUGCAGUGUGCUAGCUUCUGGCUAGCUGCCUGAAUCAGCUAGAGUCAAGAGAAUUAAUCUCUACCCUAAUGCGUGCUACAUCUUGGCAAUGGCCUGGGACAUGGAUUUUUGCGUACUUCAUUUGGCAUGACUACCCUACAAGGUGAAUGAUUAUUUCAUGCACAUUUCAUACAGAAACCCCUGCUGAUCGCUCUUAAUAUAAAUCAUAAACUAGACAUCAAGAAAUGUGCAUCAGGGAUUGAGUGAAUUGCCAUUAUUCUGUGACCUGUGCCACAUAACUAGGUGCCAUUGCAAGCAAUCACAGCAGCACUAAACCCUUAUUUUGGAUUCUUAGACUUGGCUUUCCUCAAUGCUUUUUCACAACAAUUUUGCCUUUUCACUGUCUCUUCAGUAGAUAUUACCAAUUAGUUUCUGUGCUCCUGCCUCUUUAUUAUAUAGAGUUCUGCAAUUUAUUGACCAUCGUGUACUUAAUGUAUUCCCUUUUGGAAGUUACUGUUACCUUUGACAAUUUCCACCAUCAGCGUGUACAAUAUUCACUGCCUAAAUACUUUAAUUUCCCUGGCUAGUGAGAAUAAGCACAGUAACUAGUCAGGAUAGAUAUUUAAAUUAUAGAUGUGUAGUGAAAUAUAGCCAAGACAUUAACAAGAAUGUCCUCUGUAUGCACCCUUGAGGUUUGAUAAGAGUAAUUACUUAAAUUCUGAGUGCCUUUUAAACUUACCAAUCCCAGGUACCAUCUCUACACCCCUUUACGAACUAUACUGCCACAACCAUCAGGCAGUAAAAUUAAUUUGUAUUGGACUUAGUAAAUACUGUCUUGGUCACUUUUUGUUUAAUAUUUAAACUAGCAGUUCCCCAUCCAUUAUGAAUGGCAAUGAGUAGGCUACAGUGAGUGUUUUCACAUUUUAUUCAAAAUUUCAGCGUGCUCUAGAAACACACCCACAUGGCCAUUAAUUGGUGUUGGGAUCAUUUGAAAAGCUAUGUUGUUUUAGUUGAAGUUUGAGCAACGUCCUCUUUCAGGAAGGGUUUGUACAUCUUGCGAAUCCGAGUAAUCUCCUUCUCGGGUGGAUCCUGCCAAUCAUACCAGCUGUACCAAGGACCUUCCUGCCUGGGUGGGGAUGGGGUUUUGCCCACUGCCCCAUGUGAGCCAGAGUAAUUGUCCAGAUUGAUCUCAAUGUGUGGGACUUGGAAUCCAAGCAAACCUGCAAUGAGGUGCAAAGCUGAAUUAGGAGCAGGACAUGGGUAUGUGAGGGACCAGACCUGAAGGAGCAAAUUAUAUUACACCAGUCAGGAACUGUGCCUUAAAUAAUUUUUUUUCUAAAUUUACCCUUUACAAGUAUAAACUGAGCCAAUGCACUUAAUCUUUAAAAACGUUCAACUCAUGAAGUCAACAAGUGGCUACUAACACAUAGUUGUCAUCUGGUUGGCCAGGAAUGAGGACUAUCAAGCAUUAGCUAGUACAGCAUGGGAACUCGGUGCACUCUUGUAGGGCGGUAGUAGCGUGCCUAUCGCUGGACCGAGAGACCUGUGUUCAAGUCCCAUCUACUCGAGUUACAGCACAGAUACGUGGGCCCUACCUCUGAGCCAGGAGGCCUGGAUUCAAGUCCUACCUUCUCAAAGGUGUAUUUAACACAUUUGAACAAGCUGAUUAAAAAUAUGCACAGCACAAAACAGUUAUAACUCAGGAUCUUUGUCUGGUUCAGAAAAAGGCACUUUACAAAACAUCACCUCCAGUGCCAACAACUUGCAUGUAAAAAGUGUCUUAAAUAUCUCAAGUGGCCUUCACAAGAUGUCCUGACACUGACCCAUGGGAGAUAUUAAGGACUGGUAUCUGUCGCUACCUAUGAUGAAAAGAUUAUAUUUGGAAGAAGAUAGAAUUUUGGGAGCUGUGUAGAAUGAAAGAUGUUAGACACAAAAAGUUGUAAGAAGGCAGGAAUGUGCAUAAUUGAAAAGAAAAGUCAAACUGAUGAUAUUGUAGUGAAAAUUUGCACUACUCUUCAACCAGCUUCGCAGAAGAUAAUUUCCUGUGUGCUACAAUUGAAUGCCUGUCCUAUUGAUGAAAGAAUAGCAUGCACCCCAACGUACCUCUAGAUUCCAAGGGGUCAAAUGGAGUGAUUUGGUUUAAAUGGCUGCAUGAUGUACUACAGCAGAGGUUUCAAUCCAAAUAAUUCACAAUGUAGGUGGAUUAGGAUUUCUCCAUAAUCCUUUCACCUUAUACUUUUGUUUCCCCUAUGGCCCAGAUCACUUACCAUGAUCCUUAGCAUCUUGUAUUGCUUUGGUCAACUUCUUGUACUGUUUCAUACAAACACCUAGGACCAAAUUAGAUGGGUAAAAAGGAAACGUUUGGUUAAGACAAUAAGAAUUUAUAAUAGGGAGAAAGGAGAAAAGCUAAAUGAUUACUUUGUGUCUGUUUUUACAGAGGAAGAGUCAAGAAAUUUCCCAGAGCUAGAGAUCCAGGUGGCUAGAGACAAUGAUGUGUUAAGAAAAUCAGCAAUGCUAAGAUGAUUAUACUGAAGAAAUUAAUGGGUUUGAAAGUUGAUAAAACCCCUAGACUGUCAGGUCCUGCACGUUGAAGGACAUGGCUAGAACGAUUUGUGGAUUGCAAAGUAGGAAACGUCACUCCACUAUUUAAAGGAGGAAGUAAAAGAAAACGGGGAACUAUCAACCUAGGAGCCUUACGUCAGUAGUAGGGACAUUCUAAAAAAUGUAUUAUAAAAGGAUGUAAUAAGUAGUCAUUUGAAUGAUAGUGAUCUGAUUUGGCACAGUCAGCAUAGAUUUGCGAAUGUGAAAUUGUGUUUGAUGAACUUGGGAACUUUUCUGAAGUUGUUACUAACAAAAUUGAUGGAAUCCAAUAGAGGUAGUAAACUUAGACUUUAGCAAAGGUUCCCUACAGGAAACUGUUCAGAAAAAUUAAAACAUGAGAUGGGAUGAGAUAUAAUGUUCUGGCAUAAUUAAAUGAUUGGUUAACAGUCGGAAUAAAUAGGUCAUUCUCAUGUUGGCAGGCUGCAACUUGUGGGGUAUCACAAUGAUCAGUACUUGGGCCCCAGCUGUUCACAAUAGAUCUCAAUCAUCCAAAUUUUUGGGUGCUAUAAAAGCUAAAUAGCAAUGUUGCAAAAAAGAUAAACAGCUUCAGAAGGAUUUAGUGAAUAGACAAGAGCAUGGCAAAUGAAAUAUAAUAUGGAACCCAGGUGUCCUUGUAGAUAAAUUACCAAAGGACAACAUGCAAAUCCAGCAAGCCAAUGGAAGGUUAACCUUCAUUGUAAGAGGAUUCUGAGUGAAGAUUUGCUUCAAUUUUAUAGGAGCUUGGCUAGACCACACCUGCAGUGUGUAGUUUUGAUCUUGUUAGCUCAGAAAAAAGAUAUUACUGCCAUAUUGGGAUUGAGAAAAAGGUUCGUCAGACCUGUUCCUAAAAGGUUAGGGCUGUCCCAAGAAGAGAGUGAUCAAACUGGGUUUGCAUGCGAGAAUUUCAUAAAAUGAGAAAGGUGACCUCAUUGAAACCUACAAAGUAUUUAAAGUGAGACAAGGUAGAUGCAACAGGGGCACAAUUCAAAAAUAAAAGGGGGAAUGCCAUUUAGGUCCGAGGUGAGGAGGAAUUGUCUUACGUGUGAGUUCUGAACCUUGAAUUCUCUAACUCAGAGGGCUGUGGUAACUUAGCCUGUGGGUAUGUUUAAAGAUAGAGAUUUCUAUUAAACAGUGGAAACACCAUUACAGGGAUGGGAUGGGUAAAAGCCACUGAAGUGUUUGCAGUCAUGACUGUAUUCAAUAGUGGGGCAGGCUCAACAGUCUGAAUGGCUUACUCCUGUUUUCCUUAAAGUCCAGGGUCUGAGCAGUGCCCCAGCUCACCCCAGAGGGAGAAAUGAUAGUAACUGAUCUCAGUUAGAAACUACUCCCAAUCCAUAGCUAAGAUCAUUAAAAAUCAACCACUGAAACUCUGACCUUCUGGUCUGUCAGGUUCAACCAUAAGCCAGAUACCUUAUUUGAACAGCAAACAGACUCUAUUUGCUAUGUAUUUCACUCGUGAGAACACAUUUUGUUUAAGUUUCAAAUUUCUGUGUAUUAAAAGUAACAAAGAAGUGGUAAAUCUGAUUCUUACCAGUUCUGGUCGGAUGAUAUAUGGUACCAGUGUGAGGACAAAUGAACUGUUCCAGCAGUUUCACAUUCUGUAGGAAAUGAAACCCACAGAGUCAAUGAGCACUGGAUGAUCUAGACAACCUAACUCAACAUAAGCUCUGCCCUGCUGUGGUGCUAUCAAUUAUAUACUAUCAUAAAUCCCAAAUUACAUGGAAGAUACAGAACAGCAACAGGACACUCAGUCCACCAAAGUGUGCUGGUGCUUAGCUGUCAAGUAUCUUCUGCCAAUUCCACCCAUCAGUAAAUCUCCCUAUUCCUUUUUCUCUCAUGUAUUCCUAUUGGGAGCACUUACACGAUUCAGAUCAACCAUUUUUUGUAGUAGCAAGUUCCAUGUUCUAACCAUCUUCUAGAUGUAGAAAUUUCUAAUUUCCCUCUUGGACUGAUCAGUAACAAUCUUGUAUUGGAUUCUCUCACAAUUAGGAAUAUUCCUUCCAUGUCAACUUUGUCUAACACUUUUAGGAGGCCUACAUCAGGUCAUUUCCCCGUCUUCUCUUUUCCAGAGAAACAGAAGGUUCAACUUGUUAAUUCUCUGAAUAGCUCUAAUCACCAAUAAUUUGGCAAGACUAGUACAGGUGAAAAACCAUUAAAUCAAAGAACAGCCAUCAGAAAACAGCUAAAAAUCAAAAAUGAUGCAGAGAAAAUAACUCAAUCUUUGGUCUGGAUUUCUGAUUUGUGGAAUUUUAUUUGCCCUUUGAUAUUCUUUCAUCUGUACUGUCAACUAAUUUAUCUUAAAUGUGAGUGUGCGCGCAAGCACACAUGCAUUUGGCACUUUUGAAGAAGUAUAAGCUGCACAGUCAUAGAUUCUCUGUAAUUUGCUAAAAUUAAUUGUGUUUAUAAUAAAUGGUUAUUUUCUGUUAAUGACAA